UUUUCUUUUCUUUUAUAUUAAUGGCAAAAACUAAUGAUCAAGAAAGUAACCAAGAAGUUGACUUCUCUAAGAGGGCACAAUGGCUUAGGGCAGCUCUCCUAGGUGCCAAUGACGGCUUGCUCUCAACCGCAUCGCUCAUGAUGGGCGUUGGGGCCCUCCGGAAAGAUUCCCGGACGAUGGUCCUCGCCGGAAUCGCCGGGACGGUCGCCGGAGCGUGCAGCAUGGCGAUCGGAGAAUUCGUGUCCGUGUCCUCGCAGCACGACAUGGCGGUGGCGGAGAUGGAGCGGAAGGAGGGCCGGGGGGAGGCGGGGGCGGUGGAGGCGGAGAAGGAGAGUUUGCCGAACCCGUUUCAGGCGGCCGUGGCGUCGGCGGUGGCUUUCGCGGUGGGGGCGGUGGUGCCGCUGCUGCCGGCGGCGUUCAUAAGGGCGUACCGGUUGCGGGUGGCGGUAGUGGUGGCGGUUUCCAGCGCGGCGUUGCUAGGGUUUGGAGGGUUGGGUGCUUAUCUUGGGAGGGCUCCUUACGUGAAGUGUUGUUUUAGGGUUUUGAUUGGGGGGUGGGUGGCUAUGGCCAUCACUUUUGCAUUUUCUAAGUCAUUUGACGUACUAGGAUUUUAA